AUGGUAAUAAAUAAAGAAAAUGAUUUAGUUAUUAAUAAAUUUAUUGCAAAUCAAAUCGAAAUUAAAGCAGAACAUAUUUUCAGCCCAUAUUUUAGAAAAGGUUUAUUUAAAGUUGCUGAAAUUAUUCGGGGCUUUCCAAUGCCCAUAGAAAAGGCAAAGGAUGCAGAAUGUAUACAAGGUGUUGGUAGCAAAACAAUAGAGUUAAUAGGUCAUAUAAUAAGGGAAUACAAUAGGAAAAAAGAAAAUGGUGGUUUUAAUAAUAAUAAUAUGAAUAUGAAUUUGAAUACGAAUAUGAAUAUCGAUACCAAUAAUAAUACCCAAAUAGAUCAAAAAACCAUGGCGAAAAUACCAAAAGUAUUUGAAGGCUAUAAAAAGCCCAAUUCUGUUAGAGCAAUUUUAUCAUCAGUUGUUUCAAUUUGUAAUAAUAAUUUUUUAUUGGAAUCCUAUCUUUCAAAAUUAGCAUCACAAGCAUUUGAUGAUUUGCAAACUAUUGUUAAUAUAGAUUUAGAAGAUUUAAAGAAUCUUGGCUUUCCGAGUGGUCAUGCUAAAGCAAUAAAUAAAGAAAUUGAAAAAUAUAAAGAAUAUUGUGAAUUUGAAAAACUAAACCCAAAUUUUAAAGAUUAUUUUAAUGAAGAAAUAGAUUUUCCAAUGGAUGGAUUCGAUGGAAUUCCAAAUCAGCCAGAAAGAGGAUACCCAUAUUUAACAAUAGAUGAUAUAAAGAAAAAAUGUACAGAAAAUGUUUUUAACUAUUCAAAAGAGAAGGUUUUAAAUCUUGGAAUACAGUCAAUGCAUUUCAGCCCAGAAAAAAAUCAGUUUGAAGCAGUAAGCGAAAGUCAUAGUAAUACAAAUAUCACCUAUAAUUUAACUUUUAAUUAUAAUGAAAAUAAUGUAUUGGUUGGAGAUAAAUGUAGCUGUCCAUCUCAAGGGAGAGAAUGGUGUAAACACAAAGUAUCAGUUUUUUUAGUACUCGACAUGCUUAAAACUAAUUCAAAAUGUUUUAGAUUGUACAUAGAUGAUGGCAAUUAUAAUACAAAUAAUACAAAUAAUAAUAGCAUGGACAAUACAAAUAAUAACAACAUUAAUAAUAAUACAACCCUACCAUAUUUUCCAAAGGUUGGUUCUGGUCCAUAUAGCCUAUUAAUGAUAUUUUAUGAAGCUCAACAAUCAAAUACUCCAGAUUUAACAAAAGAUGAAGCAAAAUUUCACGAAGCAACUUUAAAAUAUAUCAGUAAAAUUGAAAAUUUCGAUAAUAUAUGGGCCUCAAAUUGCAGAAAUUUAACUACAAAGCAUAAAUAUAUAAAGAAAAUGGGAACCAAAUAUUCACUAACUCAAGAUGGUUAUAAUGUAAUUAAAAAUUUUUUAAAAGAUAAAUCAAAUCCUGCUGGUUACUAUCAAGACUCUGAUGAAGAAGACACUCUUUUUGAUAAACCGAUAUUAGAUACCAAAAAGAAAAAAGAUGAUAGUAUGUUAUAUGUGUGGACUGAUAGUGACGAAGAAUUAACAGAUUUUAUGUGCAAUAACUCAGCAAUACCAACUAGUCAAACUAAAGACGCUGUUUAUCCAGAAAAAAAUUUAAUUAUUGAACAAGUGGUAUUGGUUAUAGAUAAUAGGGAGACAAAAGACAAGUCAAAUUCAGAACUUAUUAAAGCAUUAUCAACAAAACCUCACCUUAGAUACGAACUACGUCAACUACCAAUUGGUGAUUUUAUAUUCACUGCUCGAUGCAGAUACCGAAACAACCCAACGUACACUUUUGAAUUACUUGCUGAUAUAGUCAUUGAAAGAAAAGCAAUACCGGAUCUAUCCAGCUCAUUAAAAGAUGGUCGUUUUAAACAACAAAAGUUUCAAUUAAAGAAAUUAAAAAAAUAUGGAAUAAAGAAUUUGAUCUAUCUGGUGGAAGGUUCGAUCGAUCUAGGCCAAAUGAAUUUCGAUGACUAUAUGAAAGCACUGCUCAAUACACAAAUAGACGAUGAAUUUACGGUUGAAGUCACUGAAUCAACAGCAUCAACCUGUGUAUAUUUAAUAAAUGUUUAUGAAGCUAUUUCAAAAUAUAGAUAUCUCUCUCCAUUAAAAUACGAAGAUUAUAUCAAUAUAAUGGAAACUCCAUUAUCCUUAAAAGAUCAAUUUGCUUUACAGCUUUUACAAAUUCCUGGCAUGACUCCCCAAAAAACAUAUUCGAUAAUUAAAAAAUAUAAAACUCCGAUUCAACUUCAUAACAAAUACAAAAGUUUACAAAAAAAACCAAAAAAUAAAACAAUUGUUUACAAUGAAGAAAAGCAAAUUAACCUAUUUACAGAAAGGGAGUUUAUAUCAAAAGGUAAUAAAAAACAAAAGAUUGGUAGUCAAAUAUCUGAAAGAAUUUAUAAUUUAUAUAAUUUAAAAGACUAUAAUAUAAAUAACAAUAAUAAUGAUAAUAAUAAUAAUAAUAAUAAUAAUAAUAAUAAUAAUAAUAAUAAUAAUAAUAAUAAUAAUAAUAAUAAUAAUAAUAAUAAUAAUAAUAAUAAUAACAAUAACUAUAAUAAUAAUAAUAAUAAUAACAAUAACUAUAAUAAUAAUAAUGAUAACAAUAACUAUAAUAAUAAUAAUGAUAAUAAUGAUAAUAACUAUAAUAAUAAUAACAACAAUAAUACGAACAACAACAUGUAUAAUAAUGAUAACUAUAAUAAUAGCAACUAUAAUACGAACAAUAACAUGUAUAAUAAUAAUAUAAAUAUGAACAAUACAAACAAUAUAACUUAUGAUAAUAGUAACAAUGGUGAUAUGAAUAGUUAUAAUAACAAUAAUAACAGUAGCUAUAGUAAUAAUUAUAACUAUAAUAAUUUUUAUAAUCAUAAGAUUAUAAUAUAG